CUCGUUCACAUGACAGACGUCUGUCAAGACUCAAGAUAGCAACAAGAACAAGACGUUCAUAUAACGGUAGAACAGACCGUUGUUUAUUUGUUCACUCAUAUCUGGGAAUAUUAACGUUACUUUAACCAAACACUCUCUGGAAAUGCUAUUUAACCCGACUGGUUUGACCGAAUGUUUACAAGAAUGGGAGGAUCUGGAAAAAGACUAUCAACAGGUUCAGGAGACGCAUCGACUUUACAAACAGAAGCUGGAGGAGGUUUCAAAAUUACAGGACAGCUGUUCCUCUUCUAUAGUACGGCAGAGGAAAAAGUUAAAGGAUCUCUCUGAAUCCCUGGAGGAAUGCAGAGCCACAGUGAAUCCAGAAGAUGUAAAUAAAAUAGACAAGAUCCAAGAAUCUAUAAAGGAAAGACCAAAUGUCUUUUUUGAGAUGGAGGCCUUCCUGCCAAAGAAAAAUGAGUUGUACCUCAGUCUUGUUCUUGGAAAUGUAAAUGUUACACUCCUUAACAAGCAGGCCAAGUUUGCCUAUAAAGACGAGUAUGAGAAGUUCAAACUAUACUUGACCGUGCUGCUCUUGUUGUUCUCAUUCACCUGUCGGUUUCUGGUCAGUUACAGGGCUGUAGACGCACUCUUCAAUUUCCUGCUGGUGUGGUAUUAUUGUACAUUAACAAUAAGAGAGAGCAUCCUCAUUAAUAACGGCUCAAAGAUCAAGGGCUGGUGGGUGUUUCAACACUAUGUCUCAACAUUUCUCUCUGGCGUAAUGCUGACCUGGCCUGAUGGUGAACUAUACCAGAUUUUCAGAAAUCAGUUCCUGUCAUACUCCAUGUAUAUAAAUUUUGUUCAGUUUCUCCAGUACUACUACCAGAGUGGCUGCUUGUAUAGACUUCGAGCUCUUGGAGAAAGACAUAACAUGGACCUCACAGUUGAGGGGUUUCAGUCUUGGAUGUGCAGGGGUCUGACUUUUCUCCUGCCGUUCCUUUUCUUGGGCCAUUUCUUCCAGCUUUAUAAUGGAAUUACACUCUUCCAAAUGGCCCAGCUUCCAGAAUGUAAGGAGUGGCAGGUUCUCAUGUGUGGCUCUACUUUCCUUGUUUUGUUCAUGGGAAACUUCUUCACUACUCUGGGUGUUGUUUACCACAAAUACAUGGAUCAGGACAAAGCUAAAUCUUUAUAAAUGAUCGGCACAAAGGCACAGAACUCUUUAUCGAAGCAAUUUACGUUUUUUUAUAUGAAUGUUCAUGCAAUUAUUGUGUUAAUAAUGUAUAAUAUUUUUAUGACACUUUUAUUUAAAUGUCAGACAGUGAAGUGUUUCUUCUGUUCAUGGUUCAGUAUGGCUAAGUGACGAUUUUUUGUGAUGUGUCAGAAAGAAUAAGUAAUGAAACGUCCUUCCGUCUAACCUAAAAUAUAAAUAUUUAUUAUUUUGUUUUUAUUUUAUUAACUAAAAUGGCGUUUUCACACCAUAUGUCAAUAAAAGUAAUGACAUCAGAAUAUAA